UCUAUGACCGACUUUAAACGUCAAAUGUAAAUAACAAUUAUUUUAAGAUGGUUCCAAAAAGAGCUAUAAAAAAGCAAAAUAUCGUAAAAAAUAAUAAUUACAAUAAUUUAUCAUUAAAUGACGUUUUGUGUCCUAUAUGUAGAGGUAUUCUAAUCGAACCGGUGACCCUUCCCUGUAAUCAUGGGUUCUGUUCUGCUUGCUUUAAUAGUACCAUGGCUAAUACAAAUUUGGUUUGCCCACUUUGUCGAGUACGAGUUGGCUCUUGGUUAAGAGCUUCAAAAAAAGAAAAUAAACUUAUUAACUCUAAUUUGUGGGUAGCAAUUCAAAAGCAUUUCCCACAACAUGUCAAAAAUAAGUUGGAUGGGGUUGAUGAAGUGGUAGAAGAAGUUCCUAUACGUAUAACCUCUGAACCUGGUGAAAUUCGUCGUGAAUAUGAAGCUCAAAAAGUGAAAGAAGAAGAAGAAUUAAGAAAAAGACAAGAGGAGGAAACAAGAGCUAGUGAACUUUUGAUAAGAAAAUUAAAAGAAGAAGAGGAGUUAGAAAAGUCAAUUAUUGAAGAAAAAUUAAAAAAUGAUGAACAGGUAGCUAAACAAUUAGCAGAAGAGCUUUGUUUUGAUCCUGGACCUUCCACUUCAAAACAUUCAGAGAGGAGUUUCAAAAAAAGAGGUCCUCUGGAUACAUUUUUGAGGAAUAUGGCCAAUAAACAGCUCUCUGUCUCAUUAAAACCAAUACCAGAUGAAAAAUGUGAUAAUUAUAGAAAAAAAGAUUUUACUACACAAGUACUUUUACAAGAUAGGUCUGCUAGUCUGAUAAAAAACAAUGACAGUAUCACUUUUUAUAAGCUAAAUAAAGUUGCCAGUGAGAGACAGAGCCUUGAUUCAAAUGAUGCAAUAACUUGUGAGUGUAUAUAUUUCAAACCUAUUGAACAGAAAAAAAUUCCGCCUUCUAAAACAAUUAAAAUACUUCGAGUUCCUGCAGUUGCUGCUUUAUCAUCAUCCAGUACUUUAAGGGCACCAUGUGGACAUGUAGCAUUUAAUCACUCUGCGCUGUUAUCACCUUUUGUGAGAUUAUGCAACUCUCCAACAUUAGCAUUGUCACCUAGUCUCAAAACUGGUUUUAUGAGUAGAAAGAGAAGUAACAGUAGUUGUGAGAAGGAAGAAUCUCAGGAUAACAAAGAUAGUGCACCUUCAGGGAAAAAAGCUCGAAUACAGCUCAAUUUAAGACAGACAAGAAGUAUGACAAAAAUAAAUAGUGGUUCUGUUCCUAUAAAAUUGUACAAGAAACCAGAAAAGAGAAAGUCUCUAUUGAAAAACAUUAAAACCUCUCCUAGGAAAACUGGGAAUAAAUGCAAUGAAUCAUUUGGGGAAGAAGAGAACGAACAGGAUAAAAAAAGAUUGGACUGUGAAUUUGAUAGAAGUUUUGGUUCUCCAUUUUUAGGCUUCGAAAAGAAUUAUAAGUUUUCCUUGAAAGGAAGAAACGGAGUGAAAAACUUAAGUACCAUAUUUGAUAAUUUCAACAGUAACAAUAAGUCACUUAAGGAUGACAACUUAAAAUCAAAAUCACUUUUUGAUGAUAAAAAUAGUUCUUAUAGAAAUGGAGAACAUAAGAGCGAAAAUGCAGAAAAAAUAGGUGAUAGAAAUAAUGGAAUUUCUUUAAAUAACAUAGAACUUGUAAUAGGAGCAAAAUGUUUAAGGAGCGAAUCAACUAAAAGGAAGCUUCAAGAAGAGGAAGACUUCAAAUUGGCAAGAAAGUUACAUGAAGAGUUAAAUUAUGUCAAAUAUCCGACCAGGAACAGUAUUAGUCACAUUUCAAAAAAAUUUCCCACUCCCAGAAGGCAAAUAACGUUAUAUAAAUUUUUAGAAAAGUAGAUUUUUAAAGUUACUGGAUCGAUACUAACAUAAGUAUUAUAAUAUUAUAUAAACAAGUGUUCUAAUGUAUAUAAUAUUUUUGUUAUUAUUUUCGUAAAUUU